UAAACAACGGGAUGUUGAGAGAGUCGUCAGUUUAUCGUGUUGAAUAGUAUUUUUCAGUUUUUUUUUUUUUAUCAUGUUGAAUCCUGCUGAUCAUCUUCUGGAGCGGUAUUAUGAAUCUUCCAAGGACUCGGCGGAAAAGUCCUUUGCGAUUCACGAGUGCGUGGAAUCUGAGGAAAACGAGAAGUUGAUCUGCGAACAAUCGACCGAAGAUGCGAACAGCGAUAACACGGAAACGGAAGAACAGGAGAACAUUAAGAAUAAAAACACAACGUGUGAUACAGAUGUUCCACUGAGAUCUUUGCAAAGAUUAGACAGUAAAUUACUCGAAGAUGACACAAAUACGUCGUUCAAUUUCGAUAUCAUUUUUGAAGCAGAUAUCGAAGAUUCGCUUGCUCUCUCGAGCAAAGAUGGUCUUGCCUUGCACAACAACAAGACUAUUUCCACCACUCCAGGUUUCGAAAACAACAAAGGGGAUUCGUGUCUCUCGUUCAGCGAGGACACAUUGCCGACGGACAGCGCCUCGGAUAUUUCCUUUUCCGGAACGGAGGAAAAGAAAUCUUCGAACAUAUUGACCUUAUCUUCAACACUGCCAGAUAAGACUCCAGUGUACAACGAAACUUUUAUCGAUCUAACAAGAGCUGGUCUUACCUCACUUCCUUACGAAAUGAUCGAGAAAUAUCCUACGAUACAAAUGUUGUAUCUAGAGAGCAACAAUCUUCCCGAACUUCCUAAAGAGCUUUUUAUCUUAUUAACGAACUUGCAAUGGCUGGAUGUUCGAAACAAUCAACUGACAAGCUUGCCCGCGAGUAUCAAGUCGCAUCCAUCGCUGGAGACUAUCCUGCUGGAGGGAAAUAAAAUCGAGAAAUUGCCUCUGGAACUUUGCUUAGUGCCCAAUCUCAAAACUCUCAGUGUGGCACGCAAUCCUAUCAAUACGCCUCCGAAGAACGUUAUAGCUCUCGGAUGUUCGAGUAUUCUCAGUUACCUGAGGGAUGAAUGGAACAAACUGCAUCCAGACGAGCCCGCGACGUUCGUAGAACCGAAGAUAGAACCGAAACUAUCGACGAUUCUGUGUUACCGAUCACCUCGCGAAAAAAAACGGAAAUUGUCGAAAGUACCGAGGCACAUGUCGAAGAGUAUGAAUGACAUCGGUGGUUCGCUCAAAAGCGCUUCCGCCACAAAAAGAGCCAGAGCUUACAGACCCAGCAACAGAUGCGACGCCAAAGAGACCACUAUCAUCGCUAUGGAACAGCGUCGGCAAUUAAUUUCUAAAGUGAGAGACCUGUUCAGCGCGCAAUCGGCAACAAUUCAAAGAAUCAAGGAUUCGAACGUUGUGAAAGAAUGGAGACGCGACAGGCGAAGUUACGUUAAAAGCAUGGAAAAAGUAUCGAGAAGAAAUGAAGAUGACAUUCCGUAUGCAAUCGACAUUGAAGAUUACCCUGUGAUACAAAAACGAUCGCAAAACGGGAAAAACGUGGAUAAGCAGAAACAAGAAAAAUUAAGAUUUAUCUCACCAGCAAAUAUAAAUGCGAGAAUUCAAGAGUUAUCAGAAUUUUUGCAAACGCUCAAACUUGAAAAAUCUUCAGAAGUAUUGACGCCUAAAUCUAAUCAAAAGUAUCUGCAAGCUGAAAUUGAAAAGCUGUCGCGUUAUCAAACGGAGAUUCAGAAUUUAAGAAGAAUCAACGAGAUAUCACUGGUUCCAGCAAAUUCCUUGCAUCCAUCUUCGUGAUUUUCAGCCCGAUUCUAUUGUGGUUUUUCACCUAUUUAUCAUUUUCCGCAUAAAAAGUUCCAAACAAGCUCAAUGUCAGUCUCUCGAGGUGUUUAUUUUGUAAAAUAAAACAGUACUAAUCACAUGUAUUCUAAUGUAAUUUCACACCCACAGUAUUAGCACAUGAGAUAAUUCCGUUCGUUAUCAGACGAACUUCAAACUCUCCACAUAAUGGAGAUAUCGGGAAAAUAACUUGAAGAUUCUGCGGUUAUAUCAUUUCAUAUAUGCGAGUACAUAUAACUCUGCCAGUCUAUGUCAAAAAAAGAAAAAAAAAAACUAAUUUUAAUAUUAUUUUUUGUCAGCAGAAAAGCAACGUGUUCUAUUGAACAUCUGAACCGACUGGAUGUAUACACACGCAAUACGCACCACCAGUGUUAUUACAACAGUACGGAAUAAUAAAAAUAAAAAAAAAUAAAAAAAAAA